AUGUUGGACAGUUUAUUUGACGAUGUGAAGCGUAUGAAUAAAAGACAGUUUAUCUACCAAGUUCUUAGCUUUGGUAUGAUAGUUUCUUCAGCUUUGAUGAUAUGGAAGGGUUUAAUGGUCGUCACUGGUAGCGAGAGCCCUAUUGUGGUUGUGUUAUCCGGCAGUAUGGAGCCAGCGUUUCAUAGGGGCGACCUUUUAUUUUUGACUAACUACCCCGAUGAACCCGUCCGUGUUGGAGAAAUCGUCGUCUUCAAGGUCGAGGGCCGAGACAUUCCAAUUGUACACAGAGUGUUAAAGCUUCAUGAAAAGAAUAAUGGCACUGUUAAAUUUUUAACUAAAGGUGAUAACAAUAGUGUUGAUGAUCGAGGCUUAUAUGCUCAAGGGCAGCUUUGGCUGACAAAGAAGGAUGUAGUAGGUCGUACUAGAGGGUUCUUACCAUACGUUGGUAUGGUUACAAUUUAUAUGAAUGAAUAUCCUAAGUUUAAGUUUGCUGUAUUGGCGUGUUUAGCAAUUUAUGUCCUAGUACAUAGAGAGUGA